UUAACAUAUCAACAAGUCAUGGGAUUUCGAUUGUUACCUAUGAUUGUCGGUGCAAAGCAAAUCCACAAGAUGCAGUCUGUUCUUACAAGAAAUCAUUCAGAUGUUCCAAAAGGACAUUUUGCAGUUUAUGUAGGUGAGACAGAGAAGAAACGAUACGUGGUGCCAAUAACAUACCUGAAUCAUCCUUCUUUCCAGAAGUUGUUACGGAAAUCAGAAGAGGAGUUUGGAUUUCAUCAUCCGAUGGGUGGUCUAACAAUACCUUGCAAUGAGGAUGAUUUUUUCUACAUCACUUCUCGAUUGAGUUAAUCAUAUGUAGAACUAUGAGAUAGUACUGUUAUAGAAAUCAGACAAUUUUGAGUUUAGAAUUUUCAUCUUGCUA